CUCACACAUCCUUACAAUCCAUAGCCGAAAAAAAUGUCUAAGCAAAAUGUGCAAAAACAUUAUGCAUUAGAGAAACAUAGGGAAAAAGAGAAAACAAGAAGCAAAAAUAGUAGUACUAAUUUCUUAUUAUCUAAACAUUGGAAAAAAAUUUACCCUAUAGGUUUACAUAAAACAGGCUCUUCACUUUCACUUUCUUCACUUUCUUUAACUUUAUCACAAACUUCAAAUGAUUCUUCUAUUACUGAUUCUUCUUCUAUCACUCCAUUGGAUCAAAAAAUAUCUUUGGCACUUCGAUUAAUCGCGUCAUCAAGAGAGAAAAAAGAGGUCAAUUCGACCACAUGCAAUAAGAAUGUGGCUCGAACUGUUAGUCCAGCUCGUAGCCCUAGUCCAAGUCCAAGUCCAAGCGAAGAAGAGUUCAUGAGGAGGUGCAAUUGGAUAACUAGUACUAGUGAUAAGGUUUAUGUGCAGUUUCAUGAUGAAUGUUGGGGAGUUCCUGUUUAUGAUGACCACCAAUUAUUUGAACUUCUUGCAUUAUGUGGAAUGCUGAUGGAUUUCAAUUGGACUGAGAUUUUGAAGAGAAGGGAUCAAAUAAGAGAAGCUUUUGGUGGAUUUAAUGCAAAUCAUGUGGCAAAAAUGGGGGAAAGUGAGAUUGAAGAAUUAACCUCAAAUACAUCACUCAAUUUAGCAGAAAAUAGAGUUAGAUGUAUAGUUGACAAUGCCAAAUGCAUAGUCAAGAUUGUGAGAGAAUUUGGAUCAUUCAGCAGCUACAUGUGGAAUUAUGUGAAUUAUAAACCUAUAAUUAACAGAUUUAGACAUCCAAGAAAUGUUCCAUUAAGAACACCAAAAGCAGAAACAAUUAGCAAAGAUUUAUUGAAGAAAGGAUUCAGAUUUGUUGGACCAGUAAUUGUUUAUUCAUUCAUGCAAGCUGCUGGAAUGACAAUUGAUCAUUUGGUUGAUUGUUUUAGGCAUAAAGAUUGUGUUAAUCUUGCUGAAAGACCAUGGAGGCAUGUAUGAGUACUUAAUUAUUUAAUUAUGUGUGUGUUUUUUUGUUUAAAGAUUUUCAUAAAGUUAUAUUUUUGAAACUUGUAAAUUUUCUUGGUUUAUUUAAGUCGGUUUUGGCAACUGGCUUUGCUUACAAUAACAUAUUUAGUGUAAUUAAACGAACGCAAUUUGGAGAUGGUGGUGUGUAUGCAGUGUUUUCGUUAUCUUGUAAAGAUAGAGAGGUUUUUUUUGGCAUCAAUUGUGAAUUGAAUGUUGUUUUUAUAAAGUUGUUGUUUGGACUUGUAAGUUUUCUUCUUCUUUUUUCUUGGUUUAUUUAAGUUGGUUUUUGCCACUAAUUUUGUUCCAAUAAUGUAUUUAAUGUAAUCUCACGACUAUAGCUUG